UAUAUAUCGUUCACUCUCUUUUUCUUUCGUUCUAAAAGUUAAAAUAGAAUUUGUAUCUCGAUUCGUGUAAAACUAAAUGUGUAUAAAAGCAAUUGGUAGAAAAAAAUCGUUAAAAAAAUGAAAUCUAAUCGGUAAUCGGAAUACGACACAGUAGCAAGAAAGAAUAAUAAAUAAAGUAUCUUCGUCCCUCAGAUUUUCUUGCAUGCAAAAGUUAGGAUUUUCGUUAAAAUUUAUCUUCCUUGAUCAAGUCUUGUUCCAUCUUCGUUUUUGAAAAGAAAAAGAGAAAGACAACUCUCGGGGGAAAUCGAUUGCCGAUUUGAAAGUCGCGCGCGACGACGUUGCGCGCCCUCUCGUGACGGCGCCGUGGCGGCGGGGCUGUGCGGCGCAUCACCGGGUCCCAGAAUGCAUCGCGCGCCACGGCAUGUGCCUUUCCGCCAUUUUGUAGUUUGCUCGAGAGACUGUAUUGAGUUCGAUUCUUCCACCUCGGGUACGUUUACAUGAAUGGGGACAUCGGGAAGCUGCCAUCGGGGGCGGUCUACCCAGCCACCCCUGAACCUCUGGGUCCACAGGUUGCAGGCGCGAUUGGUGGUGGCGUGCCUAACAUAGACUACGGAGUCAUGAACGGUGCGCCAAGUGGCAGCGAAUUGAUUCUCGACGCUGGUGUCGGCAACCUGGAACCAACUCAACACGCUAUAAGCAUGCACGGAGGUGCUAUCGGAUACAGUCCAGUGGAUGUCGCCGCUCUGGGCGACGCUUCUGCCGCUUCACCAUCUGUACCGAUGACGGAUCUUAAUGUUCCCGGUAUACCCUUGGAACAGCUUAAGCAAAUGCUCUCUUCACAACUAGAGUACUAUUUCUCCAGAGAGAAUUUAGCCAACGAUACCUAUUUGUUGUCACAAAUGGAUAAUGAUCAGUAUGUGCCGAUAUGGACAGUAGCGAAUUUUAAUCAAGUGAAAAAGCUGACGAAAGAUAUUAAACUUAUAACAGAGGUGUUGAGGGAGUCUCCUAAUGUCCAAGUUGACGAAGAAGGACAGAAAGUGAGGCCCAAUCACAAACGAUGUAUCGUGAUACUUCGUGAAAUACCAGAUAGCACCCCAUUGGAAGACGUGAAGAAUUUAUUUUCUGGAGAGGGUUGCCCGAGAAUUAUUUCGUGCGAGUUUGCUCACAAUAAUUCGUGGUACGUGACAUUCGAGUCCGACGAGGAUGCUCAAAAGGCCUACCGAUUUUUACGUGAAGAGGUUCGAGAAUUUCAGGGAAAGCCGAUAAUGGCGAGAAUUAAAGCUAAACCAAUGAACAGGCUACCGAUACCAACGGUAGCCAGUGUAGGUGGUAUAAAGAAUGGCUACAGAACUACACCCCCUCCUCCUGUCUAUGAUCCGAAUAGUUAUACCGCUGGACAGCAACGUUUUCUUUAUACCAAUGGCACGACCAUGCCUCAGACAACUAUACCGGCGUACGCAAAUCAAGUUGUUUAUCAUCAACCGUUCUAUCCUGCCGGUAUGAUGCCUUGGGGACAUACCAGUACCGCUUAUUUUGAAAUGUCCAGUGUAUUUACGAUGAACGGAAUCACACCGCACAAUACGUUCACGCGUUCAAAUACGAGAUACAAUCCUCGGCAUAGAAAUAGACAGAGAAACGGCUCUGAUCGAAGCUGUUUAAUAGAUCCGGCCAAUCCCAGCAACAACAGUAACAAUCAUCAUCAUCACCAUCACCAUCAUCACCAUCAUCAGCCGUCGUCUAUGCCGCCAUUAAGUAAUCGUAGCUCUCAUCCUCCUAUGACUGUUGGCGGUGGUAACAAUAGCGUAUCCUUGAGCUCCUCCACGUCCACUUACCAUGCUUCGAGCUUGCCUCCUUCGAAACCGCCCGCAUCUUCAUCCUCUUCUUCCUACCAGUCCGGCACAAAGUUCCAUUCCUCGUCGUCUGCCGUAUCGUCUGUCGAGCAUGCGAAGGGAGCUUCCUCCUCGUUGUCCUCCACGCAGGAUCAGGAUACAACCGCGACGGUCGAGCCCUCCUCCUCCGCAUCCUCCUCAGCGCCUUCGUUUGCCCGCCAUCGUAUCCACCGCAGGACCAAAGAUCAGGACACGAAGGUAACCACCGGGAACAACCAUCCGCUACCGGCGAUUAAGGAGUCUUUGCCAGCGAGCGGAGGCAGCGGCAGCAACAGCAGCUGUGGCGGCGGCCGCAGUAGCGGUGUGCAGUUCGACCUCGAAGCAGCCGCUUUUCCGCCCCUGCCCGGCCUCGACGCCGACCAUAGCAAAAUGUCGACUGAUGUAGGCAGCGGUGUCAGCACCGGCACUGUCGGCAUGGAGUCUUCAUCGCAGAACCGAUUGUCCGAUGUUGUCAAGGGUACCGCCAAGUUCAAGGCCAUCGUCAAGGAUAAAGAAAGUGGUAACCAGCCACAACCUCAAUUGCAGCAACAGCAAUCUGCAGCAUCUGCGUCAGCAGCGAUAAACACCGCCAGUAGGUCCGCUAGUCCUGGAGCGAGUACUGGAGCAGAGGCACAGGGAAACGCUGCCGCGUCGACGAAUUCUGCAAAUGCCGCGCAUAUCCUUAAUCCGUCGACGACCAACAACGAGAAUACGUCGUCGGCCGAUGCUGCCGCGCUCAGCACCGUCGCGCUCACUCCCCCGUCAUCUCCUGAUAAAUCUAUAAAGACUGACGACUCGAACAUGGUGAAUGGUGUGGACGACGCUGUAGUUGCGAAUACGCACCUGCCGGCAGUGGCUACGUCGACGAUAACGACGGCUACGACGACGACAACGGCGACGACGGCGACGUCAGCCGCAGCGACCACGGACGAUGCCGAGACGAUGACCAGGUGUGACUGUAACAACGUCGUCGUCGUCCCUCCUCCUACUGCCUCCUCACAGAACUCCCAAUCGCAAACUGGAGUGGUCUCUGCCUUCCCUAUAGAUCUUACGAGGCCAAGCUAUGCCCAAGUAGCGCAACAUUGCCGUGAGCUACCUUGUACAAAACACAAAACAGAUGAGAGAGAUAGAAAUGUUUAAAAGCUGCACGUGACGACGGAAGAAAGACAGACACUCGAGCGGCGGAAGCAGCUUAGAUAUAACGAAGCCAAAAUCUACAAAUUACCACGCGACGACGGGGUAACUAAACGAUAAUUAGCUGUGCUAUAUGUGCUAUGACGUCAUCGCCAUCUUCUCGGGGUCGGAUCGGAUCGAGAAUCAGGAGCUCGCCGCUGCUUUCACCUACCUAUCUAUCCCCCGGUACUCCCUUCUCAAACUGACGCCGUCACGUGCUACAGGCGUGAGGAAGAGAGAACUUUUUACAUUGUACAGUGACGUCUCGCCUACGAUCAACGAUCGAUCGAUCGACGAAUCGAUCAAGAGAGAGAGAGAGAGAGAGAGAGAGAAAAUGAGAAAUAGUGUGUGUGAAAAUGUAUGUGAGAGAGGCUCGCCGCGCACUAUUAUAGCGGCGCAUUCGCAGGCGCUACUAUUAUACAGGGUGAUCGGAGAGUCUCGUGGGGCAAAUUUGUCGCCGCGAUUUGAUGAUGUCGAUGAUUCUGCCGAUAAUUUGCAAAUCGGCAUGGUUGUUUUAUUCGCUUUAUUGCAAUUCGUAAAAUGCAAUUGAUUCGAUAGUUUAUUCGUGAUUGAGGGACGUGAAGGAUUUAAGGUUUUGAAAAAAAAAAUCUAAAAAUUCGUUAUAGUAUUUAAGAAUCUGAUGAUCUAAAUAUUCAUGUUAAGUGAGCGAAAAGAGUAAUCAGCUUCGCAGUAAAAGCCUGAAAGCUCGAGGCGAGUAACGCUCAAUUAUUGGGUCGCCAAUGAGAAUUAUUAGGCGAAAAAUGAUUGAUAAAAAUGAUUGAUAAAAGCUUAAGAAAUAAUCUUUCGAACAUUGGAAAGAUGAAUAAAUUGAGACCUUGAGAUUUCAUACAAACAAAUGUAAUUAAAAUCGAGGUUUGUGUCGAGCGAAAUAAUUUAAUUGAUCGAAUUUCGAUUUCUUAAAUAUGUACAUUUUUGAAAUCUUAGAUUUUCAAUUUCUUCAAUUUUACCUUCUUCGAGGAGAAGGUUAUUUUUCAAGCUUUUAUUAAACGAUAUUUACUCUUAUAAGUUUCGAUAUAGAUAUAACAGAGUUUUGCGUGUACCUAAUAAUGUUUGAUAAGCUUUAGUUUUAAGACUUCGUUAGUAUAAUCGGUAAAGAUUCUUAAAUAAUUGAUAUAUAUAUAGAUCUAAAGAAUUUAUGAAUCUAAAAAUCCAAAAAUACGAGAUGUAAAUGAUUGUCUAGGAUAUGCGGGUGUGUUUAUGACAUGACGGUAUUUUUCUUUUAAAAGCGGUUUUUCUCGACAGCACCAAGGGCAGCAUAGACUGCGCGGCUUCCCGAUCACCCGGUACAUCGCGCAAGAGAAGAGUAUUGUUAUCGUUUUUGGUUCUGUGAUUGAGGUACAUAUUUGUUAGCUUGUAAAAACGCGUUAAAGCGAUAAGAUAUAUUAAUCUUUUAAAGGGAAAACCCCUUCCCCCGCCCCUCCUUCGCGCGUGCAGGGCCGUAAUAUUAUAACCGGGAAAAACACAUGUCUAUUAGAUAUAUAAUUAUAUAUAUUUGUGCCAAAAAAAAAACUGCUUGACGAAAUCUCCCGAAAAUGCAACGAAGUGGACGCCGAAAUCAAUUGAGAUUCUCGCCAAGUGGAAUGCGGUGUGAAAUCCCCUUCUCCUCCACUUCCCGAAAAAUUCCGCUCUCUUCCACGUUCCUCAUCUUUUACACAAAAAAGAAAAUUAAAAAUAAGAGGAGAAUGAAGAGAUCGUAUUUUGUAAAUGGAGAAAUCUAUGAUGUGUAUGAGAUUGUUUGAGGAAUGAUAUUGCUGAGAACGAAUGAUAACGAUGAUGAUGAGGAGGAGGUGAGGGAGGAGGACAGUCGAGAAACAUAUAACGAAUUUCGUAUUUAUGCGAAUGACACAUGUAACUUAUAAUGGAAAAAAAAUCGACGGUGAUACCGGAUCUAUAAGACUAAAAACAAGGACGAAGAGUGAGUUGAGAAUUGAGGAAUGAUCUUGGAAAAGAUGUUACCAGUGCAUUUCGUACAAGAAAUAGUUUGCGUUUUACAAGGGAACCGUGAUACGCUUAGCAUUUUAAUAACUAUCAUUAGUAACGACAUACAAUAUAUGUGUUGUAUAUUAUAAUACGCAAAAUGCGAGGACGCGA